AUGGACAAAAGUUGGAUUGCAUUAGGUAGCACAGUUGAUGGAAGGAUAAGUCGGGCAUAUAAUGAUGGGGUAAUAUCAUUUCUUCGUUUUGGAAUGGCGGUUAUCGAUCAAGAUGGUAAAAUUUUGUGCCCUUGUCGAAAGUGUGCGAAUGUUGUUCAUCAAAAUUUUCAAAUUGUUCAAAUUCAUUUGCUGCAACAUGGGAUUAUUCCAACUUACACUAUCUGGCAUGUGCAUGGGGAACCCCGUGAAUCAAACGAGGCUUAUCAUCAUGAUAUACCCGUUGAGGGCAAUGAGGUUUUGGGAGGUAUUGAUGCCUUAGUGGAAGAUCGAAUAAGAGGGGAAUCAACUAAUACAACUCAAGAGGAGGAGGUUCGCACUUUUGAUAAAUUAUUGAAUGAUACCAAAUGUGAGGUGUACCCAGGUUGCACAAAUUACACUUUGUUAAAAUUUGUCAUCGAGAUACUUAAUAUGAAGGUAACAAACCAUUGGAGUAAUAAGUCAGUUGACAUGAUACUAGAGUUUUUAACAAAACUUUUACCGAACGAUAAGUUGGUUCCAAAGUCAACUUAUGAAGCUAAAAAAAUACUACGUGAAUUGGGUUUGUUAUACGAGCUCAUUGAUGCUUGUGUAAACGAUUGUGUGCUCUUUUGGAAGGGGAAUGCAACACUAGAUAAAUGUCCAAAUUGUAAGGCUUCUAGAUACAAGACAAAUCAUGGUAGAGGUAAGAAGAUCUCUCGUAAGGUUCUUCGAUACUUCCCGUUAACACCGAGAUUGAAAAGGUUGUACAUGUCGAGGAAGAGAGCCGAGGAUAUGAAAUGGUUCAAGGAAAAACGUCUAGAUGACGGUGUAUUGAGGCAUCCUGCAGAUAGUGAUGAGUGGAAGGAAUUCGAUACACAACAUCCUGAAUUUGCCUUGGAGCCUCAGAAUAUGAGGCUAGGGUUGGCUACUGAUGGUUUCAACCCUUUUGAAAUAUGA